CAUCAACAAAUAAUAAAAUUCCUCGUAAUAAUAAGUGGUCAGUGAUAAAAUCAUUGUGCAAGAUGUUAAAACUGUAAGAAACAGACAUUUUUUUGAAAAAAACAUCAGUUGCAGACAUGGGACCACCAAAGAAAUUUAAAAAAUAUGAUUCAAAACCAAGCAGUGAAAGAUCAGGAAAGAAAAAGAAGGUGGAAGAGGACAUUACAAUAGACUUGGUAGAUGAUGACAAUACAGAAAAUGUAGGAGUGCCUGUAGCUGCAACACAGGAUGCUGAAAAGAAUGAUCAGGUUCCUGAAGAUGAAUUUGGUGCCAAAGACUACAGAAAUCAAAUGACAUUAAAACCAGACAACACCAGUCGUCCAUUGUGGGUCGCUCCAAAUGGCCACAUAUUUCUGGAAGCCUUCUCACCAGUUUAUAAGCAUGCACAUGACUUCUUGAUUGCUAUUGCAGAACCUGUGUGCCGACCUCAACACAUACAUGAAUACAAGUUAACGGCAUACAGUUUAUACGCCGCAGUGUCGGUCGGCCUGCAGACUAUGGACAUUAUUGAGUACCUGCAGAGGCUGAGCAAAUGUUCCGUUCCUGCUGGCAUCAUUGAAUUUAUUCAGCUUUGCACAUUGUCUUAUGGAAAAGUUAAACUCGUACUAAAGCACAACAGGUACCUAGUGGAAAGUAAGCAUGUGGAGGUGCUGCAGAAGCUGUUGAAGGACCCGGUGAUCCAGCAGUGCCGGCUGCGGCGCGACGGCGACGACGACCUGCUCUCCUCCGCGCUGCCCAGCAAGCCCGCCUCCACCUCCGCCUCCGCCUCCAAGCCCGAAGAGAAGCCGCUUUCAAACGACGUAGUGCCGGAAGACAUCAGCCAGUUCUACCAGCAGCUGGACAAGGACGACGAGGAGGAGGAGACCACCGACCUGGCGGCCAACACCGCCGUCGCCUUCGAAGUCGACCCUGAUAAAAUUGAGGUGAUACAAAAGCGUUGCAUAGAGCUGGAGCACCCGCUGCUGGCGGAGUACGACUUCCGCAACGACAGCGUCAACCCCGACAUCAACAUCGACCUGAAGCCCACCGCCGUGCUGCGCCCCUACCAGGAGAAGAGCCUGCGCAAGAUGUUCGGCAACGGGCGCGCCAGGUACUCUCACACUCUGUCUGCCAAACAGUUAAAUAAUAUUACUGCGAACUUACAUUCGGUUUUAAUUUAACUGUCAUACUUUUCA